GCGGCUACGACCCGACCUCCUAGCGCGGGUGCGGGGCCGUAGCCCGAGUACCCGGCUGCUGGAGAGCGGGAUCUGCCCAGGACGUCGGGUCUUUGCGGACAUAAUGUCAAGUGGUGAUUGUCAGCAAUCAGAGGCUCUUGCCAAACCCACUCUCAGUGAGGAACAAGCUUCUGUAUUAGUGGAAUCGGUGUUUGGGUUCAGAGUUUCCAAGAUCCACCCACUUCCUAGUUAUGAUGACCAAAACUUUCACGUACACAUUUUGAGAACCAAAGACACUACAGAUGGCCCAACUGAAUAUGUCUUCAAAAUAAGCAGCACUGAGGCUAGCAAAAAUCCAGACCUGAUUGAAGUGCAGAAUCACAUCAUGAUGUUUCUGAAGGCAGCUGGAUUCCCAAUAGCCUCUGUGUGUCGAACUAAAGGAGACCAUACAACCUCUCUCGUAUCCAUAGAUAGUGGCUCUGAAAUCAAAAGCCACUUGGUGAGGCUGCUGACUUACCUCCCAGGAAGACCCAUAGCGGAGAUUCCCAUCCACCCGCCGCUAUUAUAUGAAAUUGGAAGGCUAGCAGCCAACUUGGACAGGACACUGGAGAAAUUCCAACACCCAAAAUUAAGUAGUCUUCAUCAGGAGAACUUCAUUUGGAAUCUAAAAAAUGUUCCUCUUCUGGAGAAAUAUCUGCAUGCCUUGGGUCAGAAUCGAAAUCGAGAGAUUGUUGAGCAAGUCAUUAAGCGGUUCAAGGAGGAAGUAAUGACCAAAUUAAGUCAUUUUCGAGAAUGUAUCAAUCAUGGAGAUCUUAACGACCAUAACAUUUUAAUAGAGUCCAGCAAGUCAGCCUCUGGAGAUGCUGUUUAUCAAGUGUCUGGGAUUUUAGACUUUGGUGACAUGAGCUAUGGCUACUAUGUGUUUGAAGCAGCAAUCACCAUCAUGUACAUGAUGAUUGAAAGCAAGUUCCCUAUACAAGCAGGAGGUCAUGUUCUUGCAGGGUUUGAAAGCGUAAUCCCCCUGACAGCUGCAGAGAGGGGUGCUUUGUUUCUUCUUGUAUGUAGUCGUUUUUGUCAGUCACUUGUCAUAGCUGCAUACUCUUGCCAGCUACACCCAGAGAACAAAGACUAUCUCAUGAUGACUGCCAAAACCGGGUGGAAGCACUUACAGCAAAUGUUUGACAUGGGCCAGGAAGCUGUAGAAGAAAUCUGGUUUGAAACUGCCAAGUCCUAUGAAUCUGGGGUCACCAUGUGACCUGAUAAAAGUUCACAUUAACUUGGGUAGUUAAAAAACCCAAUAGGACCAAAUCAAAUUUUGUGAAGAAUUUCCCUGCAUAAUUAAAAAUGAAUUGAUGGAAGAGAUCAAAUCUGAAUACAAGGCACUUAAGAUCUCUAAGGCCUUCGAGCAAUCUCAUGACCAUUUUUAAACUUGAGAAAGUACCACAUGAGCAAGCAUGUCUUUCUGCCUGUCUUGCUUGCCUUGUGUAUAAAACACACAUAAUGAUAUCAUUUUGAAUCAGAGAAUCUUUCAAGCUCUAGUCCAGCCCUGAGAUCAGUGACUUUUUUAAACUUCGAAAGGAAUGCAUAUGCAUAGAUAUAACCACAUAUUUUAAAUAAAGGCGUAACAUACAACCCUAGCUGACAUACCACCAGUUCUUUGAAACCUUCUCUGAUCUCUCCUUUCUCCAGAAUCCCAUAGCACUGUGACUUUUCCGUGGCAUACCACUUUGUAUCAUAGAUCAUGGUUGUGCAGUCAUCUAGCUUGCAAGCUAUUUGAGGGCACAGACCAUGUAAAACUUAUUUUUUGUAUCCUCAUCCCUUUUUCUUAUACCUACUGUAGUGCCUUUCCCAGAGAGAGGUCUUUAAAACAUUUGCAAAAUGAGGCUGGAAGCAGUGGCUCACACCUUUAAUC